UUUUUAUUUUUUUUUAUUUUUAAACCCGAAAUGUUUUCAAGAUUGACAUUGUUGGUCAUGGCAUGCUCCACAUCACAGGCCUUGUACCUCGAAAAGAGACAAGAGCCUGCAGAAGAUAAAACUACAACUGUAAAACAUUCGGCUACCGAGGCAUCUACCAAGAAAGAAAUAACAACAACCACAAGCAAAAAACCAGAACCUACCACCACCACUACAACUAAUAAUCCAUUCAAUAACCAUGAAUCCUCUACUCGUGCAUCCUCUACUCAUGCAUCCUCCACUAAAGCAUCUACUCCUGUAUCUUCCAAAGCAUCUUCCUCUAGCAUUCAUACAUCUGCCACCCAAACCACUGGCACAACAUCUGUCAUACCCCUGUUGCCUACACUAACCCCAUCUACUACAUCCACCGCCUUGCCUGAACAAGUCAGCCCUGGCUCUUCUUCCUCUUCUGCACUAUCAGGUGGUGCCAUUGGCGGCAUUGUAGCUGCUGUCAUCGUACUUAUCAUUGCCGGAAGUGCCUUCAUGUUAGUUCGUCGUAAGAAAGAACGUCACCGUUUAAGAGCAGAAAGAAACAGAGCUGACCCCUUCACAAUGGGUUUUGGCAGCGACGACCCUAAGCCCUUUGAGCAUUAUGAAGUGACACCCAUACCAGAUGAAGAGUAUUCUAAACAGCAUUAUGAACCACAAUUAUCUCCCCCACCUCAUACCAAUUCACCCACUGCUACCGCUGCUACUGCUACUGCUAUUGGUGCUGGUGCUGGUGCUGGUGCUAUGACAACAAUUGCCACCGCAACCACAACCCCUACAAGCCCUAGUACUAAGACCGAAUUACCCGUGAAUGCAGUUACUGCUGCCACCUUAUUAGCAUCCCCUGUGUCUACCGUAGCCUCACCCAUCCCCACCAUUAUUGAGCCAGUUCAGGAAGAGCAUGCGAUGGGAUCCUUUACAGUGAUUGCUACGUAUAUACCAACGCUGACGGAUGAAUUAGAAAUCCAAGCAGGAGACCAGAUUAAUUUGAUUGUGGAAUAUGACGAUGGAUGGUGUCAAGGUAUCAAUCUUUCCAGGGGACAUACAAAGGGUGUAUUCCCUAGACAUUGUAUCGAUUACGCUACGGCUCCUUCUGACCAUCAUGUGCCUAAUUUCGAGCCCGAAAAAUCAAAACGUGUUAGUUCCAUGUAUGUCAUGUAAAAACGACAUGAAAUUUUUAUUUUUUUGGUCAUUCUUUUUUAUUUUUUAUUUUUUUUUUCUUUCUACC